UCCGGGUUGGCGGAGUGUUGUAAAACAGCAGCACACGGAGAGGACGAGCUCACUAAAAACACCACAUUUCACAGAUUUUACAACAUGUCUGUUUCUGAGGUGGUCCUGGUGCUCCGGGGCGUGGGCAGGGUCGGCUCGGCGCUCGUCUCCACUCAGGGGGAGCAGCUGCGUCUCAUGGCCUCAAACUCGACUCUCUGCGCCGGAGUCAGAGCCGCACAAGACCUGAUCAACGGACUCGUGUCCAGCGUCACCGGAGCGACGGCGUCUCCGUCGGUUCAGGAGGACGUGUUUCCUGAGAUCGAUCCAGAGGAAGCGGCGAAAUGGGCCGUGGACUCCGAGUUCUACACCGAGACGCCGCAACAGAACUACAGCCAGACCACAGCGCACAACGGUUCCUCUCCGUCCCCCGGCUCGGCUCCUCUGGGGGGGUCCGGCGCUCGGUUCCUCCACACGUCCUCCGCCCUCGUCCACCUCCAGCGCAGAUCUGUCCACAACACCAUCAGGCUCACCCCGGAGGACAUGAAGAAAGCCCGGGAGACCAAACAGCCCUCGCUCAAACCGGCCAGACAGAAGUUGAGCGAGCGAGCCCGAGAGAGGAAAGUUCCCGCUACGAGAAUCAGCCGACUCGUCAACUUUGGAGGUUUGGCCGUGGGUUUGGGCAUUGGAGCCAUCGCUGAAGUCGCCAAACAAUCUCUGGGAGGGAAAAGCAAAGGAGACGCUCUGCUGGACUCUCCUCUUCUCUCUGAAGCCAACGCCGAGAGAAUCGUCAGCACUUUGUGUAAAGUGAGAGGAGCCGCGCUCAAGAUCGGACAGAUGCUCAGUAUCCAGGAUAACUCUUUCAUAAAUCCUCAGCUGCAGAAGAUCUUCGAGAGAGUGAGACAGAGCGCAGACUUCAUGCCCGUCUGGCAAAUGAAAAAAGUCCUGGAGGACGACCUGGGGCCCGGCUGGAGAGAUCAGCUGGAGUCGUUUGAGGAGAAACCGUUUGCGGCGGCGUCCAUCGGGCAGGUGCAUCACGGCGUGCUCAAGGACGGAAGAGAAAUCGCCAUGAAAAUACAGUAUCCUGGAGUCGCCGAGAGCAUCCACAGUGACAUCAACAACCUCAUGUCUGUGCUGAGGAUGAGUGUGGUGCUCCCCGAUGGUCUGUUUGCGGACAGCAGUCUGGAGGUGCUGCAGAAGGAGCUGAGCUGGGAGUGUGACUACAGGAGAGAGGCCGAGUGCGCCAAGAAGUUCAGGUCUCUGCUGGAGGGGGACCCGUUCUUCCGCGUGCCCGGGGUGGUGGACUCUCUCUCGGGGAGCAGAGUUCUGUCCAUGGAGCUGGUGCAGGGGGUUCCUCUGGACUCCUGCGUGGACCUGGACCAGGAGACCAGGAACCAGAUCUGCUUUAAAAUCCUGCAGCUGUGUCUCCGAGAGCUGUUCGAGUUCAGGUUCAUGCAGACGGAUCCAAACUGGGCCAACUUCUUCUACAACGCCGACACAAACAACGUUUAUCUGUUGGACUUUGGCGCGUGCAGAAGCUACGAUGAGAAAUUCACUGACGAUUACAUAGAGGUGGUUCACGCAGCGUCGGUGGGAGACAGAGACACAGUCCUGAAAAAGUCCAGAGACAUGAAGUUCCUCACAGGGUUUGAGGCGAAGGCGAUGGAGGAGGCUCACGUCGAGGCCGUCAUGAUUCUGGGCGAAGCGUUCUCGUCUUCCGAUCCGUUCGACUUCGGGACCCAGGACACGACUCAGAGGAUCCAGAGUCUGAUCCCCGUGAUGCUUCGCCACCGCCUGACUCCGCCCCCAGAGGAAACCUACUCGCUCCACCGCAAGAUGGCCGGCUCCUUCCUCAUCUGCUCCAAACUCAAGGCCCAGAUCGCCUGCAGGGACAUGUUCUUAGAGGUUUACAACGGCUACAACGAGAGACGGCAGCAGAGGGCGGCCUGUGCCUGAACCGGGUCUGGACCGGGUCUAAAUCAGGUCUAAACCAGGACUAAAUCAGGACUGAACCAGGUUGUACAGACAGUUCUUCAAUGUUCAACAGCUGCAAUCAACAAAAAACCAAAAGACCAAAACAAACUUGACAAAACUGACCUGGAAAUAGACCCUGAAAAGACUCUGAACCAGGUCUGGACCAGGUCUGGACCAGACCUGCUGACAGACCGUCGCAGGGACACUGGAGCGUGAAUGGACUGUGUCACGGGGCUUUGGGUUGUGGGUUUGGAGAAGAAGAUAAAAGAGUGUUUAAUAUAUUUAAUGUCACUUCACUGAUUUAAACUUUAAACGUUUGUGUCACUCGUCAUUAAACAUCUGAAAACACGA